UUCAACAUUCAAGAUCCCGAUCAGGCAACACUCCAAUACAUGUACGAGCAAUAGUUUGUUUCUUUCAUUCUUCUCAACAUCUUCUCGCCGCACUCUGAACUAACUAAUCGCUUCGUAGCAUCGUGCUAGAGCUGUGGAAAUACCCUGAAAAUGGCUGACAGAAGCAGGGGAAAGAGGAAGCGAUUCUUCGAUUCACAUGAAGACGAAGGAGGAGAGAGAAAACGAUCUCGAUCUGCCCCAGAGGAUGGAGAUACGAUACCGAUGAUCGAGAAUCGCUUGCAAUCGCUUAUCACCCGUGUUGGUGAAAAGAGUACAUCCUCACUGGAGAGUAAUCUGGAAACGCUGGCUGCAGUUGUUGAAGCUGACUUGCCCAGUUAUAAAUCCAGGAUUGUACGAAUCAUCUCAGACUGUGCCAAGGACCAGCCGGAAAAAGUAUGCAUUUACUCUACACUGCUUGGCCUUCUCAACUGCCGGGAUUUCAGAUUCGGUGGUGAGUGCGUGGAGAUGAUCUUUGAGAAUCUGAAACAAGCGCUGUACCACCAUAACUACAUCCUUGCCAAGAUCUUGACCCGCUUCCUGUCCGAUCUUGUCAACACACAUGUGGUGCAGCCGGCGGCAAUUCUCACCCUUUACGAUUCAUUGAUGUCCGUCACUCAGGAGCAUCACAUGCCGCAGGCUCGGUCAGAUGUGUUUGUGUCUAUUGUCCUGUGCUCUUUACCCUGGUCUGGAUCCGAGCUCACCGAGAGGAAAGGCCGCGACUUGGACCGCCUUUUUGAGAGCAUCGAGCAUUACAUGAGGCGACGUAACACCGGUAGGUAUAUUGAGAGCCUCAAGGUCUGGACAUCGACAACGAUACAGCAAGACGAUAGUCUUGACGUUUUGUGGAGUCAGGUUCAGUUCUUGAGAAGAUCAAACUGGCAGGAGAAGUACACAAUUCGCCCAUACUUAUCGUUUGCCGGUAAACUGGAUGAUGGCCUCCCGCAUACCUUACCUCAGAGUUUGCCUGUUCCUGCUCAUGAUGACGGAAUCCAAUAUCCACAGCAUGAAGUCGAUUUCAGGCUGUUCGAUGAUGAGGACGUCCCUCAGGAGGGUGCAAGACCUCUGCAUCGCAAUAGCAUUGAGCGUCACCUAACAGAAGAGUUGAUUCACAAUACGCUGCACAUGUAUCACAUUGAUCGCAAGGACUGUGCCACUCGCCUCAUGAAUCUGCAGCUGAAAACGAAAGUUCCGCUGGAGUACAUGAUAGUAGAGGCCGUGUUCGCCCAGCUGUUCCACCUUCCCAGUUCUCCGCACUUGCCACUCUUCUACAGCUGUCUGCUGGUGGAGCUCUGCAAGCUCAGUCCACAGUCAUUCCCGCAAGUCCUUGCACAAGCAACAGUACUUCUCUACGGACGUCUAGACACCAUGAAUGUCACGUGUAUGGACCGGUUCUCUACCUGGUUCAGCUACCAUCUCAGCAACUUCCAGUACCGGUGGAGCUGGGAAGACUGGAAGGAUGUUGUGGAAAUGGACGAAAGUGAGCCGAAGCGCUUGUUUGUCACUGACAUGCUGGAGAAGGUCGUGCGGUUCUCCUAUCGGGACCACCUUUUGGAUUUGCUGCCCGACGAAUUUGCCCCGUUGGUGCCGAUGGAGACGAUACCGCAGUAUCGGUAUGGCAGAGAAGCCUCCAGCCAAGCUUCGGACACUGCCCGUCAACUGGUCAAUGCCAUAAAGGACAAGGCAGACGCCUCUGCUCUGCAGAGCAUUCUAGACAAGCUCGACGGCACACCUGAGGCGGGUGAGAAGCUGGAGGUAUUUUCUCAAGUGAUGUUGCAAGUGGGCAGUCAGUCGUUCAGUCACAGCUACGGCGCCAUUGCCAGAUUGCGUCCAUUGCUGAAAGAGCUGAUCAGAACUGACGAGGAGCGUGCCAUUCUCCUGCGCAACGUCGGUGAAUUCUGGAUCAACCAUCACCAGCUGAUGACUGUCCUCAUUGAGAAGCUGAUCCGCGCUGGUGUGGCGGACUCAAAGGCGGCCAUCACAUUUCUUUUCUCGCCAUCAAUGCAGAAGAAUUUCUGCAGUUUCUUCCCAUGGGAAAUUCUGGAUCAGACAGUCAAGUCACUCAUCAUGUUAGCUGACAGACUACAUGAGAAGCUGGAUGCAGCACGCCAUGAACACUGGAAAUCCAAGGAAUCAGACAGCAGGAAUGCGCUAGAUAUGGUGUCCGACAAGACUCUGGGUCUUGAGAAGGAGGUCGACAAGCUGGUAGCAGAGGUGGAUGAGGCAAACGAGAACAUCAAGAAGCUCUUCCUGCUACUCUUUCAGCGCUUUGUCAUCAUUAUUCAGGAGCAUUUGGAAGAGAACAAGGGCAAGAAGUCUCUGUGGCUGAGGUGUUCUCUGGAGCGCCUGCAGCAGAUGCUGACCAGUCAUCGUGAUCAUGUUCAGAAGUACGUACGCUCGCUGGACAAUCUGAUCUUCACGGACGAAGUUGACCGCCGUAUACUGGCUGUGUACAAGCGCUGCAAGGUCAUCAUAGCGUGCCGCUACUACCACCGUGUGGCCCCGCAGACGUGAUGCGUUAGCUGCCACGCACCUGGGCCCCUCGCUUCCUUUCCCACCCAUCUUGCCAUCUUGCUGCCAACUGUUGUGUAUAGAGUUAUCUGCCAUAGGUACACCUACGCUGCCACCGUUGCCGCCGUCGUCGUCUCGUCGUCGACUUUUGAUAUGAUGUUUGACUAAACCGCCCUAGGUUCCGCCUCUCUGCUGCCUAUUCCUCUGCUGCGUGCCGUAGUGCGUGAUGAAGUUGGCCCUUCCUGCCUUGGCUUUUAAAAAUCAUGACAGCGGCCCGACGGCUGGUGCCGUGGCCAAGGUAGCCAUGACACGUGCGUCGGAAAAAGGAAAAAAACUCCUCUUCUUGAUGGCUUGUCUGGACAGUCUACAACCACGAAUCACUGUCAGUCCCAAUGAAAAAUAGAACAAUGUACCUCUGCUCCCAUGUUAGUUGACCGCCAGGUAGCCAGGUCUUGUCUACCCAGAACAGCAGCAGCAGCAGCAGUAGUAGUAGUUUCACUAUGUUUUGGCCAUGGUACCGGUAUGUGUGCAAGCUGGCUUCCACAGUAUACGUGUAUCUCUCACCACUGCAAGAUGUCCACGUCUGUGUACCACCGUGUGUACCACAGGCUGUUACGUACUGUAGGCAUGCUCAGUGCUGGCUGAUGUACAAUAUGUGAAAACUGAUAUAAAGUACGACACUAUUGUUUUGCCCGUGCAGCCGCGUGAUUGAGUAAUGGUUUGCCAGUUGGUGUGUUUGCUUGUUUCUUGCUCCACUCGCAGUACUCUGCUGUUAGCAGCUUUGCGGCCUUGUGAUUGUUUGUCCGUUUAUGACUUGCACUCUCCCCAUACAUCCUGGUGUUGAUCGCCUUGAUCCUUCCUCACUAGCAAGUUCUCUGCUGCGCUCUUGUAUUUUGUUGUGUACCGUAAUUUCCAGUAAAUUAGUUUUGCCAUGUUUGGACUAUGCUGCUCUGCUGUCUAGAUAUUGCUGUCAUCUACUUUGAUCUCUUAUGCUGGGCUUGCAAGCCUGCCUGAUUUCAGAGAGAGCUGUGCAACCAUUGACAGUUUUCAAGUAGCUCCACACAUGCUUGAACCAUUGGCAGUUUUCCAGGAGCUCGGCACAGGCUCUGAGCUUA